AUGGAUAGUGGUCAAUUUGAAUAUGGAAAUGUUAUUCAUAAGGAAUGUAUGUGGUUCUGUUUUAGUGAUAUUAUACAGGAAGACCUUAACUACACAAGGGCCCUGUGGAACAACCACUACAUUCGAUCCUCAAGGCACAAAACUGUUCCAGGUCGGCCAGAUGAGUUGUAUUACUUACCAGAACGCCAUGACAGUGAGGAUCAGAAACAACCUGUGAAUGCCGAGAAGCUUAAUGAGGUUAGACAGCAUGUGGCUGAUCCGGUUAAUCAGGAUAAUCAGGAUGUCCAAGAGUAUCUCAACUAUGUUUGCACAUCAGAAGGAUUAGAAAAGCCCACUGAUUGGAGAAGUGCUCUGAACUUAUACACAAUUUUAAAACAAAUAGCUGAACAAGUGUAG